UAUGGGAAGCAAAGCUGAGAACUAAAUUGAACAAUAUUCUGGAUAAGAUUUUGGAGAUAAGAUAAGCUUUACUGUAGGUGUGAGUUACAUGCUUGGUAAUAGAAUAUCCACUAUUUUAGCUUCAUCUAUUGGAUUAGUCAAGGGAGCAAUUGAAGGUUUCCCUAGAUCAUUUAAUAUGCCAAAGAAACUAAUUUUAAAUAAUUUUUUUAAUGCAGUAGGAAAGCGAACAUCUACAUAUGGAUAGGCAGCAGCUAGUGCAAGCAUGUUAUAUUAUUUUGUUGGAGCAGGAAUGAAUUUAUUAUUUGAAGAUGAAUUGGCAGAUAUAAAUUAAUUAAAAAAGAAUAUGUUGUGUGGUGCAAUUUCAGGAGCAGUUUACAAAUCAACUUUGGGUAAUUCCUUCUGAAUAAUUUUAAGGAUUUGUUCCAUUUAUUGUAGGUGGUAUAGUGGGAGGAGGAUUGAUUGGAAGUGUAACUUUAUUGGUUGAAAAUCUUAAUAGAAGAGGAGUAGUAGCAUUUGAAAUGAAAUUUUGAG